ACACACACACACACACACACGCACACACACACACGCACACACGCACUCAGUAUCAGCGCAGCGCAGCAGCGCGGGCACGCUCCUCUGCACAGCCGCGCGGAUCUUCCCCUGUCCUCUCCUUGUUUUCCGCUCAUCUUGGAUUAUGAUUUGAAGUUAUUUCAGCUUCAUUCCUGCCAUUCCUGUUAUUUGGAUCGCAUUCCUUGAUGUGGCUCCUCUCGUGUCACCUUGAUGCGCAGCGUAUCGGAGGAUACAGAGACACGGCCAUUACUGCGGCUCUGCUUUCCUCAUAGCCACAUCGUCGCGGGGGAAAGAAUACAGUGUUGCAGCAAUAGAAUUCUGGAUCAAGGAAGGAACUGGUUUGGCCUGCAUCCAUCUACUUCAGGCUGAUCAAUAAUUCAGAUUUUGAUGCCGAACUUACACUAAGCCUGGUUCUGGGUCUCCAAUUGUGGCAGCAGUGAGGCAGGACCCUCAACUCCAGGCACAUUCUGUAGUCGUCUCCUAACCUAGAGACUCUGCCCAUUCUCUUCUGGCACCAUGGGAACCGUCCUGUCUCUCUCUCCCAGCUACCGGAAGGCAGCCCUAUUUGAAGAUGGCCCAGCCACGGUGGGCCAUUACACGGCUGUACAAAACAGCAAGAACGCCAAAGACAAGAACCUGAAGCGUCACUCGCUCAUCAGCGUGUUGCCGUGGAAAAGGAUAGUAGCUGUUUCUGCCAAGAAAAAGGGCUCUAAGAAGGUGCAGCCCAACACCACCUACCAGAACAAUGUCACCCACCUGAACAAUGAGAACCUGAAGAAGUCACAGUCUUGUGCCAACCUGUCUACAUUCACUCAAGAGCAGUCAAGCCCAUCAAACCAAGGCUCCAAAAGCUCUAAUAAUGUGGCCUCCUCUGUCAAGAAAGCACCACUCUCCAGCUCCAACGUGGCACCUGGGACACCCAAGAGGGUGAUUGUCCAAGCUUCAACCAGUGAGCUCCUGCGCUGCCUGGGUGAAUUCCUGUGCCGGAGAUGCUACCGCCUCAAACACCUUUCCCCCACUGACCCAGUGUUAUGGCUGCGCAGUGUGGACCGUUCCCUACUUCUGCAAGGCUGGCAAGACCAAGGCUUCAUCACUCCGGCCAAUGUGGUGUUUGUUUACAUGCUCUGUCGGGAUGUAGUCUCCUCAGAAGUGGCCACAGAACAUGAGCUGCAGGCUGUGCUUCUCACUUGCCUCUACUUGUCCUACUCCUACAUGGGCAAUGAAAUCUCCUACCCUCUCAAGCCAUUCCUUGUAGAAAGCUCAAAGGAGACCUUCUGGGACCGCUGUCUGUCCAUAAUCAACCUGAUGAGUGCCAAGAUGCUGCAGAUCAACUCAGACCCACACUACUUCACCCAGGUCUUCGCAGACCUCAAGAACGAGAGCCAGAAGGAGGAGGAGAGGAGCCGUUUACUUAUUGGGCUGGACCGGUGAGGGAGCGCUGAAGAGUGUUUUAGAGUGGAGCUGCAUCCUAGUCUGGCAUUCUUGAAUGGGUUUCUAAGUGAAUGGAUUGACAAAUCUCAAUAGGCAAAUAUUUAAGUGGAAGAUUCUGUAUUACAGGUGUUCAGUAAGUAUUCAAUUAUUACACAAAUUGAUCCAUACACUCUUAAAAAUAAAGGUGCCAAAAAGGGAGUUUUUGGGAGCAAUGCUAGAGAAGAUUUUCUGGAUUUUCUGCUUAACUUCUGGUUCCCUAAUGAAUAGUUCUUCAAAGAACCAUUUUUUGUAUAUGACCUUUUAAAUAUUUUAAGAGAGUUCUAUACCAAUUAAAGGUGUUUCAUAAAACCAUUCAUCCAGACCAAGAACCAUGAAGGAACUUUUAUUUUUAAGAGUAUAUGUUCAAUGGUUACCAGUGCAGUUUGUAUGACAAAGGCUUGGGUUCCCCCUCACAACAGAAAUGCCAGACCUGGAUGCAGCAAAGAAGUCUCAAAUAGUCAAAAUCCCAAAUCGCAGACAAAAACUAACAAGGUCACAAAUACAGAAAAACAAAACGACAAGAAAACAUCAGUAGGAACACCAAUUUACAGCUAUGAAUGUGGAGAGGCCUCCUGCUGCUGUCUAGCUAGCCACUGAUUACUGGAGAUACUGCACUGCCUUUUGAGGAAAAGGCCUCUGUCAGACUCUGCUGACAACAAGGACUGAGACUUUGAUUAAAAAGCAGAGGGUGUACACUCCUUUACUGCGGCCAUGCUGUUGGAUGUUCACUGAAUGAUACGCACUUUGGCUAUAGUAGCAGUAUGUCUAAACAUGUCUGUGUCCACAAGAAGGAUGAGGCUCACUCCAAUGAUGUGUCUGUAUAUAUAUGUAUAUUCAUGUAUGUCUUUAGAGAGUUCCUGGAUGCCACAAUUGGAUGAUUUUUGAGAAAGUGUCAUCACUGCACGGUGCAGUUUUACAGAUUGAAGGUGUAACGCACACAGGAAUGAAGGACCUACUUUAUUUUCAUCUAUGGAUAGAAUUAAGCGGAUAUUAUACUCUCCUUGGGUGUGCACCUCUGGAGCUUUAUCCAUUGAUUUACCUGUUUCUCACUCUUUUUUACUCGGACAUAUAACCGAAUGCAUGUGUGCCAUGCAAUUUGUAUGGUGUUUUGAAGGCAUAAAAUAUUUGAUUUACUUCUUUCCAUUGAAGUUUUAGAACCAACCGCAUUUGCAUUUAGGGAAUGCUAUUUAAAAAUCUAGUUUAUUUAGCUAUGCUUGCUACAAUGAGCCAUGAUCUUACAAAGUAUCUUUAGUUGUUUUGUUGUCUUAAAUGUGUCACAGUCUAGUUUGAGCAAAAGUCCAUAGGGAAAAAAGGCAAUGUAAUAAUAACAACAAUAAUAAUACUAAAGCUCAGUGUAAUUUUACAAAAACAGUGCCAUACAUUUGAUGAAAAUCAUGUAGGUCUAAGAAACACACCAAAGGAGGUCGCCCUUUGAAACGGUUCAUUAAAACCAAGAAUAUCUGCUCUUAAUUUAUUGCUGUUUAUUUAUUCUCUUAGCACAUCCCUUGUAUUUUUUUUUUCAAAUGUAGUAUUGUAUUGUACAAAUUCCUGCUACAAUGGCUACUUUCAUGUGUAGCAUUUAGACGUAGAUGAUUUGUAGUAAAUGUGAUUACCUUUGGUGGAAAUGAAGAUUGUAGUUGAUGCAAAUAUACAUUUGAAGGAUUUGGCUAAGGAUAUUACAUCUGGGAGCUUAGUUGAAAAUCAAUUUCAAAUCUGAGCAUCGCCAAGGGUACUUCAUCAGUAACACAACGAAGAGACUGUUGGUUUCAGGCUAAGCUAGAAAUACCUGAGACCAUUCGCAUUCUGACCUACAGCAUAGGCCCAUUCGGGUUCUUAACUGCUGGGAUGUCCCACAUAUCAAUCUAAGGAAAAGCAAUCAUUCACAGGCAGCCUGUUUCUGUCUUUAGUCAUUUCAUGUCACCGUGGAAAAUGACAGCCUGUGAGAGCGAUUACCAACAUAAGCCAGACACUAAAGGAACAAGGUUCCCUGCAGUGGACGGGAUGAGAUGAGGUUGUGGGACGAGUCUAUUCGACCUCUGUCCUGAUAAGCAGGAUUUUAGCUGGACAGGCCGUGCUUGGAAAAAAACCCUGACAUGUGGAGCUUUGUCACCGAAAUGUCACUGAAUGAAACAGUUAUCCAAGGCUGGGAUUCUAUUCUGUGGGCAUAGUGCCUAUGUUUUUGUUCUGAAAUUGGAUAAUUGCGAUUGUGAUGAUGUCAGAUGCUGCAAGGGUGACAAGGAAGUGAUUAGAAGGAACAUUUCUGUGUAAUUUUAGGUAUGUGUAAUUACAUUGUCAUCACGAGGAGUUUACAGAAGAUCGAUAUCUAAUUGCCCGCUUUGUAAACAUGUCAGCAGUGAUAAACUACGCAUGCUUUCUUUUAGUAGUUGUGUAUCUCAGAUUUCUUUACAGAGUUAGAAAAAAAAGUGGAAAACAUCACAUAAACAGACACGAUCAUCUAUCCCUAUAUAGUAUGAUUAUCUGUGAUGGCCGUUUGGUGCGAACAAUGCCCUGAAACUACGGAACGUGUGAAAGACUGGCAUGCUUUUGUCCUUACUGCUGCCUUGUUAUGUGUGACAGAGGGCAUACAGGAAUGGAGUGGAGGAUGUAAGAGGCAGUAAUGUGGUUGCUAAUGUACAUUGAGUGGUUCAAAUAAGACUGCUGAGUAGCGCCAUAGGGACUAGCACUUUUCUUCGGAUUCUGCUCAGAGGAAACUGAAGGGGCUUUAAAUCUCUGGGACUAAUACAGGGGAGUCCUCCUUCGCUGCCUGCCAUGAGUUGCCACCACUUCACAACGAUGUGCCAUUUUUCCCCCCAUGUACAUCACUGACUUGUCAUUUGUAAAGGAGAGAAAACACUUUUAAAACGUAAAAAAAAAAGACAAAAAAGAAACGUACUAGAUUUCAGUGGUCAUUUUUUUUCUGUAUCUCGUCGCAUAUUUCUUUGUAGAACAAAAAAAGAGA